AUGAAGACCGAUUUCAAGUUCUCCAAUCUUUUGGGAACGGUCUACCGUAAGGGCAAUCUGCUCUUUACUCCCGAUGGCACCUGUCUACUUUCGCCCGUAGGCAAUCGGGUCACAGUCUUUGACCUCGUACACAACACCUCCUAUACCCUCCCAUUUUCGCAUCGCACCAACAUCGAUCGCCUGGAUCUAUCCCCGAAAGGAAACCUGCUGCUGACCGUUGACGAAACUGGUCGGGCAAUUUUGACCAAUUUCCAACGACGAAUCGCCAUCCACAACUUCUCUUUCAAGGGGCGCGUCACUUCGCUCAAAUUUUCCCCGUCUGGUCGGCAUUUCGCAGUAGGCGUGGGCAGACGCUUGCAAAUUUGGCAGACCCCAUCUACCCCUGGAACCGAAACUAAUGGCGAGAUUGAGUUUGCACCGUUCGUUCUGCACCGAGACCUUGCCGCACACUUUGACUCCAUUGAAAAUAUUGAGUGGUCGAGUGACUCCCGGUUUUUGCUUACCGCAUCCCGGGACUUGACUGCGCGUGUAUGGAGCUUAAACCCGGAGGAUGGAUUUGAGCCCACCACUCUUGCAGGCCACCGACAGGGCGUAGUGACGGCACACUUUGACGCAAACCAGGAAUCCAUCUACACCGUUAGCCAGGAUGGAGCCCUUUUCCGCUGGGAAUAUGUGACGAAGAAAGACCCGGAGACCGAUGAAGAUAUUGACGAGGCUCGUUGGAGAAUCACAAAGAAGAAUUUCUUCAUGCAGAAUGAUGCGAAAGUCAACUGCGCUUCAUUCCACGCACCCUCUAACCUGCUGGUGGUUGGCUUCUCUAACGGUCUCUUCGGGCUGUAUGACUUGCCCGAGUUUAACAUGAUUAAUUUGCUGAGUGUCUCACAAAGCAACAUUGAUGUUGUCACAAUUAACCUGUCUGGAGAAUGGCUUGCUUUCGGAUCUUCCAAACACGGCCAGUUGCUGGUAUGGGAGUGGCAGUCAGAAUCCUAUAUUUUGAAGCAGCAGGGUCAUCUUGACUCUAUGAAUGCCCUAGCUUACUCCCCGGAUGGACAGAAGAUUGUGACCACCUCCGACGACGGCAAGAUCAAGGUGUGGGAUGUGAAAUCAGGCUUCUGUAUCGUGACCUUCACCGAACACACUAGCGGAGUAACUGCAUGCGAGUUCGCUAAGAAGGGAAGCGUUCUGUUUACGGCAUCCCUGGACGGUUCCAUUCGAGCAUGGGAUUUGAUUCGAUACCGUAACUUCCGCACUUUCACCGCACCUUCCCGACUGUCGUUCUCUUCUCUAGCAGUGGACCCCAGUGGAGAGGUAAUCUGUGCUGGUUCCCCAGACUCUUUCGAUAUCCAUGUGUGGUCCGUGCAGACAGGCCAAUUGCUUGAUCAGCUUUCUGGCCACGAGGGUCCCGUGUCCGCUCUUGGCUUUGCUGCGGAUGGAAACCACCUGGUCAGUGGCAGUUGGGACCACACGGUGCGAAUCUGGAGUAUCUUCGGCCGAACACAAACCAGCGAGCCUCUUCAGCUUAUGUCUGAUGUUCUCAGCGUGGCUUUCCGACCCGACGGUCAACAGGUUGCGGCCUCAACCCUGGAUGGUCAGCUUUCAUUCUGGUCGGUGGAGGAUGCUGUUCAACAAGGUGCUGUUGAUGGACGCCGUGACGUAUCUGGUGGCCGGAAAGUGUCCGAUCGCACAACUGCCGCAAAUGCAGCUGGAACCAAGUCCUUCAACCGUAUCACUUACAGCGCAGACGGUAGCUGUAUCUUGGCCGGUGGUAACAGCAAGUACAUCUGCUUGUAUGAUGUUAGUACGGGCUCGUUGAUCAAAAAGUAUACGGUCUCGGUGAAUUUGUCUUUAGAUGGUACUCAGGAGUUCCUGAACAGCCGUAAUCUCACCGAGGCUGGACCUCGUGCCCUUAUUGAUGAAACCGGAGAGGCGUCUGACAAGGAAGAUCGCAUUGAUACUACGCUCCCUGGUGCGAAACGUGGCGAUGCUGGUGCUCGUACUACUCGGCCUGAAGUACGAGUGACCUCGGUCGAUUUUGCCCCAACUGGCCGCGCCUUCUGCGCUGCGUCUACUGAGGGUCUUCUCAUCUACAGCCUGGAUGACGACUUUGUCUUUGAUCCCUUUGAUCUUGACAUCACGAUUACUCCCUCCAGUAUUCUUGCCACGGUGGAAGCCGCCAAGAAUGCCGCCGCGACUGGCACAAUUGAUGAAGACAACACCUACUUGAAGGCGCUAGUCAUGGCAUUCCGCUUAAACGAAUCCAAGAUUAUCCGUGCCGUUUACGAGUCGAUCCCACCUUCGGAUAUUGCACAUGUGGUCCGUUCCGUGCCAACGGUCUACUUGCCCCGCCUGCUUCGCUUUGUCGCACAUGCAGCCGAUGAAACCCCUCAUCUUGAAUUUAACUUGCUGUGGAUUGAGUCUUUGUUCAGCUGCCACGGCCGAUACUUCAAGGAAAAUUCGGGAACAUUUGCCCCUGAACUUCGCGCUGUCCAGCGAGCCGUUGAUGAUAUUCGUGAAAACCUCAAGCGUUUGACUGAAAAGAACCUCUACGACCUCAAUUUUCUUCUCUCUAAGCCUAUUCUCGGCGAGAAGAAGUCAUCAAGCGCAAUGUUAGCCAUGACUGCAGGUGAAGUUGAGGAAGAUGACGACCAAAUGGCCGACGCCGACGCCGACGACGGAGAGGGCGAUUGGAUUGGAUUUGAAUGA